AGUUCCUCUUACGACAACGCGGCAACUGGUAAGCCAUUGUUACGUCGCAGCUAACAGGCCAUUGCGCCGGGUGAUUUCUUGUAAUAAUCUAAGAAGUGCACAUUGGCUAUCCUGCCAGGUUUUUUCAGAAAAGCUGUGAACCUGAUUAGAAAAGAUUAUUCAUUCUUUCAUUACUAGAAAUCACCCGAGCACUGGUUAAUGCAAGUGAUCAAAUAAAGUUUAACCUACGAAGUGUUGAAAUUGUGUGCCUCAUCACGCGUGUGCAUGCGCAGAAAGUGAAAAAAGUCCUACUCCAGCAAAUACAUUUCCAACCAGCAAACGCACCUCAUCACCUCCACGUGUACGGCGUGCCAGCGCAUUAUUGAAGUGAAAACUUUUCGGUAAGAAUUCUUUAAUAUUCACUUAAUCUCUUAAAACUGAUACUGUGAUAGUCAAGAUUCUACACAACGCGUGUGCAAGCGCGUUCCAAAGUGAAAAAAAAGAGGAUUGUGAUACCGAAAUUUCCAUCUACUCCAUUAAACAUCUUUGUCGUGACACGUGAGUGAAAGCACGAUCGGAAAUAUUAAUGUAAGUAGCCCUAACAGGAGAAGGCGAAAAUUUAAAAAAGUGCCAUUUGGGUUGCAAACACAUACCCUUUAAACACAGGCACGUUGCGCAUAAAAGCAUUUUUUUUCUUUGUGCUAAUUGCAAGCUGAAAAAAAUUCUCUACGUUACCAUGGGUACCGUAAUAUGGCAUGUCUACUGAGAUCUUAUUUCAUUCUUCAAAUUCAAAUGUGCUAUAAAAAUUAUGGAUGGUGGUUGCAUUCGCUAAACAUUAUGGAAUGCUUAAAGCAAUUCAAGCAUAAGAAUAAUAAUCAUACAGUGCCUUCCCGAUUUAAAACCCAUCCUCUGAAUGUGGAAUAAAAAAAAAAAAUCAAAAUCAGGAAAAUGCAAGUUAUUAAUUUUCAGUUUUGUUUGAUGAUUGAUAACACUUGAAAAAGUGAACACAUACGUAGUGAAUGAAAAAAAAAAGAAAUUUUACAAAACACGUUUGAUUCCGAAAGCAAUUCGACUUAAUAUCAUUAAACGUGUCCGUGUCUUAACUACCAAUUGAAAAAUAAAUGAUUUUUAUGAACAAUUUGUGCUAUGGUGACAAAUUGACAAAAUAUUUUUCAAAACGUGACCGAAUGCCCGAAAUUUUGAUACAACGCAACCGGAAGUCCGUUGAACUAUUAAUUCAUUUGAUCAUUCUGCGCUAUGGCUGCAAAUAUGACAUUUUAUCUAAAGCGUGACUGGAUGUCUGCAAUAUUUAUACAACGCGACCGGAAGUCCGGUAAAUUGUUAACUACUUUGAAUAUUUGGUGCUGUGGUCACAAAUUUAAAAUAUUGUCCAUAGCGUGACCGGAAGUCCGUUAAAUUGUUGACUCAUUUGAAUAUUUUGCGCUAUGGCCGCAAAUAUGAAAUAUUGUCCAAUGCGUGACCGGAUGUCCGCAAUAUUGAUCCAACGUGACCGGAAGUCCGUUAAAUUGUUGACUCAUUUGAAUAUUCUGCGCUAUGGCCGCGAAUAUGAAAUAUUGUCCAAUACGUGACCGGAUGUUCGCAAUAUUGAUCCAACGUGACCGGAAGUCCGUUUAAUUGUUGACUCAUUUGAAUAUUCUGCGCUAUGGCCGCAAAUAUGAAAUAUUGUCUAAUGCGUGACCGGAUGUCCGCAAUAUUGAUCCAACGUGACCGGAAGUCCGUUAAAUUGCUGACUCAUUUGAAUAUUCUGCGCUAUGGCCGCGAAUAUGAAAUAUUGUCCAAUGCGUGACCGGAUGUCCGCAAUAUUGAUCCAACGUGACCGGAAGUCCGUUAAAUUGCUGACUCAUUUGAAUAUUCUGCGCUAUGGCCGCAAAUAUGAAAUAUUGUCCAAUGCGUGACUGGAUGUCCGCAAUAUUGAUCCAACGUGACCGGAAGUCCGUUGAAUUGUUGACUUAUUUGAAUAUUCUGCGCUAUGGCCGCAAAUAUGGAAUAUUGUCCAAAGCUUGACCGGAUGUCCGCCAUUUAGAUCUGAGCAUGACCAGAAGUAUGUAAAUUGUGAUUUUGUUCAAACAUUUUGUGCUAUGGCCAAAAAUGCCUGAGCGGAUGUCCACUGUUUUGACUGUAGCAUGAAAAAAAAAUGACUUGUUGAAUAUUCUGUGCAAUCGAAUUGCCGAAUAUAACUAAUUUUGAAAAACACAUGUUUCAGAACGUGGAACAACUCGAAAUGGCGAACGAAGGCAAAUAUGUUCGAGCUCCGAAGGACUCCGACCCAGAGUGGCUGGUUCAGUCGGACUCCGCGUCCUUGGAGGCAUCAGGAUCGUCAGCUAGCGUUCCUGAUUCGAAAAUCGAUGAAUUCGAUGACAGAAGUGAAAAAAGUUUCAGUUCAAACAUUACGAGUGACUCCCUUCCGCUAACGAGUGGACUGAACUAUAGUGAUCAUCCUACGCCAACCCAAACUGACGGUGGUAACAAAAGCGACCAGAAUACUAACGAGCGUCUUGAUAGAAUGGAGAAUGUGCUCUCAGGCAUAACGAAAGCAUUGAAUUCCAUGCAAACAAUGCGGCCCAUCCGGUAUGAUCCCGAUGAGGAUUGGUCUGCCGCUGUUGCACCUAGAAAUCCUCCCGAGAGCAGUUUUUCGAGCGUACGUUGGGAGAAUAUCAGGCCUUUUCCGGCAGGAGUAGCGGCUAACCAGAUGUGGGAGGAAUGGAAUCGCUACAUUGAAAACUUUGAAAUGGCAGCGACCCUCAGCAAUGCAAACGAUCCUGUGAGACGGUCACAAUUGUUGUUCCUUUCGAUGGGAACCGAAUUACAAGGCAUCGUGAGAGCCGCCAAGCUAAGACCGAGCCUGACCGAUGCAAACUGUUACCAAAAGUUCGUGGCCAACAUCGGUAACUAUUUCCAAUCCAUGACUGAUGCAUCUGCAGAGCACGAAGCAUUUUCUAACAUGAAACAGUUGAAGACGGAGAAUGCUGUGGCGUUUCAUGCCCGCCUGAUGACAAAAGUUCGGCUGUGUGGAUACAGCCCCACCGACCACGACAGAUUUGUGCGAUCGCAGCUUUUAAAGGGAUUGAGAAACAAGGACUUGGUGAGGGCCGCAAGGACCUACGGACACGACACCAAUUACAUUGUACAGGCAGCAACCCGGGACGAGGCCUACGAAGCGGAGACAACGACCCCUGAUAACAAGGAACCGCUGGCAGUUAACCGUGUACACCGAACCACCUCAGUACAAGAUUCGAUAAAGAAACGUUCGAGGGCAGACAACGGGGGGCCACAACCAAAACGGUCACGGACCAAUCAGUACGCGGAACGACGAUCCACUCAGGAUCGAGGACGUCGUAGUCGUUGUCGACGAUGCAAUGGUCGAACGCAUUCCAAUUUGCCAUGUCCAGCUUUGAGCCGAAACUGCAAUUUUUGUGGUGAACAAGGUCACUACGCAAUCACUUGCCGUCGAGCCCACGUUCGGCAGGUCCAGGUCAAAAGUAGUGUAUCACCUACACGAGAAGACGAUGAUCAGAUGGACCAAACACAGUACGUAAACGCGCUAUCCCUUGCAGACGUUUUAGUGGAAUGUUGUAUUGGCUCGUCUAGUCCCAUCCAAAUGCUUAUCGACUCCGGCGCGGACGUUAACGUUAUCGGGGGUAAAGAUUGGCUUCGCCUUGAGCAAGAGUACAAGGCAGGAUUGGCCAAUCUCAAGUUUGUUGAACAGUCGAACCCUAAAGAUCUCCGUGCAUAUGGUACACACAGUCCUAUGAAAGUAGAAUGCAUAUUUCAAGCACAGAUUGUUGCAGUGAAAGGCAAAGCGCCUGCCAUUCAAGCGAUAUUCUACGUUGUACGCAACGGAACAAGAUCAUUGUUAGGUCGAUCAACGGCUAGUGAUAUGGGAAUAUUGCACGUCAACGCAACGGUUAACCAUCUAGACAAACUAAACGAUCUAACCGUCUUUCCUAAAGUACCUGGAGUCAAGGUAAAAUUUAGCGUUGAUGAAACAGUACCACCCGUCCGAAAUGCGUACUAUAACGUUCCCGCGGCAUUUCGAGAAGCAGCCAAGAAUCGACUGGCGGAAAUGGAAUCACAGGGUAUUAUCGAGAAAGUCACUAGUGCAUCCAACUGGAUUAGCGGUAUGUCCGCAGUUGCCAAGGGAAAGGACGACUUUCGUCUCGUGGUCAAUAUGCGAGGUCCAAACAGAGCAAUCAAUCGAGAAUACUUUCGUCUCCCAUUGCUCGAAGAGAUGAAAGUGCAACUCCAUGGGUCCAAAUUCUUUGCCAAACUCGAUCUCAAAAACGCUUUCUAUCAUCUCGAACUUCAUCCCGAAUCUCGUGAUCUAACAACAUUCCUAACGGAAAAUGGUAUGUACCGAUUUACCAGGUUGAUGUUCGGGGUGAACUGUGCCCCCGAAAUCUUCCAACGGGAAAUGACACGGAUCCUUAAGGAUGUUAAGAACAAAAUCGUCUACAUAGACGAUGUUCUUAUGUUUGCGAGUUCGCUGGAAGAUUUGCGUAAAACUGUGUGCGAUGUGUUGGAAAGGUUGCGGUCAAACAAUCUAACUUUAAACGCUGCCAAAUGUGAGUUCGACAAAACUCGCCUGAAAUUCUUAGGUUACGAACUCGACGAACACGGUUUUCACGUUGACGAUUCGAAAAUCAAAAGCAUACAACAGUUUCGAGAGCCCAGUACGAUAUCUGAAUUGCGCAGUUUUCUCGGAUUGGCUUCUUUCAUCAGUCCUCACGUGAAGCAUUUUGCGGACAUCACAAGCCCCUUAUGGGAAAUUAUUGCCAGUAAAUCCUGGACAUGGGGAGCUAAACAGAGCGCCGCGUUUAACACGGUUAAAGAACAGAUUAUAAAAUGCUGUGUUACACUGGGAUUUUUCUCCGAAGACGACAAAACGAUUCUGUACACAGACGCCUCACCUGUAGCACUUGGCGCCGUUUUGGUACAGGAAGAUUUGCAAGGCAAGUCGAGAAUCAUUAGUUUUGCGUCUAAAUCCCUUACCAUUACGGAGAGAAAAUACGCUCAAAACCAACGAGAGGCUCUUGGAGCAGUCUGGGCCGUCGAACAUUUUUCGUUCUUUUUACUCGGUCGACACUUCACGCUGCGAACUGAUGCUCAGGGAGUAUCAUUUAUUUUAAAUCGAUCUCGUGAGGACUCCAAGAGAGCUCUCACACGAGCCGAUGGUUGGGCGCUACGGUUGAGUCCUUACAACUACACGGUGGAAUACGUACGGGGCGCGGAUAAUAUCGCUGAUCCUUCAUCACGAUUGUAUAGUGGAGAAGACAAGCCAUUCGACGAGGAAAACAGCCCAUGGGAGAUUGCAAGCCUGGAAGCAAACACCAUUGAGUUCGUCACGGAAAACGAAAUAAAGGCAGCUACAUCUGAAGACAAAACCCUUCAAGAAGUCAUGGACGCUCUCAAGUCUGGACAUUGGCCAAGACACUUGCGAAGAUACCAGCUUCUCGAAAACGACUUAGAUACUCGAAAUGGUAUGCUAGUGAAAACCGGUUGCGUGAUUAUCCCUGAAACCCUUCGAAAACGGACGUUGGAAGUGUCGCACCAAGGCCAUCCUUCAGCCGCCAAGCAUAAGAGUAUCUUGAGACAGCGUGUGUGGUGGCCCGGAAUGAAUCAGGAUGCUCAAAAGUGGGUAGACGCGUGUGCAACUUGCGCUGUUAAUGGUAGACCCGAAAAACCAACCCCAAUGCAACGUAUCUUUGCUCCAAAAGCAGUGUGGGAGACCAUCGCCUUGGAUUUCAACGGCCCAUACGCGAGGUUUGGUGGAAUCUCCAUCUUAGUUGUCGUUGAUUACAAAUCGAGGUAUUUAAUAGCUCGGCCGGUAAAAUCCACUAGCUUUGAACAAGUCAAGAAGGUUCUCGAGGAUGUGUUUGAAAGAGAGGGCACCCCAAAGUUUAUCAAAUCAGAUAAUGGCCCUCCUUUUAACGGCCAGGACUACAAAACCUACUGUGAGAGUCGCGAUAUCACCACAAUUUUCUCAACCCCGCUAUUUCCACAACAAAACGGUCUGGUAGAGAGCUACAUGAAGCUAAUAAAUAAAGCCAUGGCAAGCGCUACACUGAACGGAACGAGUUACGUCGAAGAGUUGAGUAUGGCAAUCCAGGCUCACAACGCAGCAUGCCACAGUGUAACCCAAUAUCCUCCGGAGGAAAUCUUGUCAGGUCGAAAAAUCAAAAGAUGUCUUCCAUUGGUCACUUUUGAAAAAACCUCAGUCAAUGAAGAACUAUUUUCUAAAAGAGAUCGAGAGGCGAAAGAAGCAGGAAAGAAACGGGAAGACCAACGACGAGGAGCCCGACCUUGCCGAAUCAAUCCUGGAGACACCGUAAUAGUCGAACGGCAUACACACAGCAAGGGAGAAUCGAGAUUUUUACCGCGGCGAUACACCGUAGUUGAAGUGCAGAACGGUAACUUAACACUGAACGAUGAAGACGGCAAUGUGUUGAAGCGGCACGUAUCACAAACCAAAAAGGUAUCUCAGUGGCGCAUCGAAGAAACACCAUCAGAUCCUAACAGCCGGGACAGUCCUGAAAACUCACUCCAGCUCACUUCAGCACUCGGUCCUAGAAGCAUUCGAGAAAGAAAGGCGCCAUCGUACCUGCAAGAAUACGUCCGGUUGGUUGAUGAUGAUUUGUAAGUAUAAUUAACAAUAAUUAAGAGUAUCUUAUUUUACAAAAAAAAACUGCACAUUUGUAUACCUACCUUCCAUGACUGCUAAAUAAAUUGAACUCUCUAUUCGCUUGUAUAUACGUUUGAGGGAUUGGCAGAAAUGAUUCCCAACAAGUGCAUAACAAUUUAGCUAUUCAUAUGUAAACAAACCUUUUUAUUUGCUUAAUCAGUCGUCCAACAUUUUAUAGCUAAGACCUGAGAGCAAAAAUCAACAACAAAACUAACACGACUUUUUAGCUCAUUUUGGCUCUUGUAGAGUGAGUGACAGAUGUUGCCCCAGUGAAAAUUAAAUGAAAACAAGGUGGGGUAGCGUGCUACCCUGUGCAAAAGAAAUGGAAACAGUCUCAGUAUAAGUAUAGUGCACGGAAAGACAAAUAGUUUUUUUUUUACAAACCAUGAGUACUUAACUGUUUUAUUUGAGAAAAGGGGAGAUGUGUGGCUUAUAUUAGCAAAUUGAGUAUAUUUAUUAUACUAGUGUAGAUUGCGUAGCAAAGCAACGCUUUGCACAGAGUCGAUAUACAUGGGCGACGUUAUCGAUAUUCAAAUAUAGCAUAGCACAAGUAGGCUGUGAUUCAACUUCUUCAGUUCCUCUUACGACAACGCGGCAACUGGUAAGCCAUUGUUACGUCGCAGCUAACAGGCCAUUGCGCCGGGUGAUUUCUUGUAAUAAUCUAAGAAGUGCACAUGUUUGAUGUCCGCCGGGCGGUGUGUGCGGGGAUUACGGUUCGCCGGGUUUGGACAAGUAUUG